AUGAGAGAGGUGUAUGCGGUAUUUAAGGAUGAAGAGAAAAAGUAUGCAACUGGACCUUUUGAGCCUCUUGUUCUUGAUUUAGUUCAAGGCCUGAGUGAUAUAGCAAGCAAUGUUUACAAGGAUGAGUUUCUCAGUGUUGAGCUUGAUGACAAUAGAAUUAGGGUAUUGAGGAAACCCAAGAAUGUGAUGGUUAUUUGUGUAAGCAAGAAUGAUUGUGAGCACCAGAUGGAAUUUUUGUAUCGAGUCUAUGGAGUAUGUAAAGCAUAUGAGAAUUUUGGAUUGAUGGACAUUCUUGUGGGACGGUAUUUUGAUUGA